GAUCUGACAGAGACCAAUAAAUACGUUUAUUUGUUGCAGAGCGACCUGACUCAGGACAUCUCCACCUCGGUGCUGUGGGUCAACAAUAAACCACACAUGAUCACUCUGGACUACACCAUCCACGUACCGAUGGCCACCCAGCAGAACCUCCCUGAAGUCAGUAAAUUCCGCCUGUCCUACUACCCUCACCGCCUGGAGAGCUUCAGCGCGCUGCUCAAGGAGGCCUUUGACGGCAAAAUGCAGCACAACGUCUUCGGAGAUUUCCAGACCUACGUGCCGGGUCAGAGCCAGGUGCCGUGCUACUUCAUCCACGUCUGCAAGAGGACGGCGUAGAAGAAGAUCCAACCAAUCAGUGAUCACACACGGGCUCCUUGGAAUUAACGUAGUACUCUAACAAUCCCACAGAUUUGGGCAUGAUUUUAUUUGAAUAUCUUUUUAGUAAACACAUUAGAAAAGAAAAAAGUGGCUUUAGAAGAAACAGUCAUUUAUAUUUUAUCUCAUUUGAAAACAGACGUAAAGAU